GUGCAGUUGCACGCAUUUUACUUCGCUGUUUGUGUAAAAGUCGUAUGUUUAAAGCAGCUGUGGCGCAUCUGGAUGUCCUGGUGCCUUGACGGGUCGCGUUUAUCGGGCGACGCGCGCAACACGUGGGACGUGUGCGCGGUUUUGUAGGAGUCUUUCAGAAAGAGUCGUCGUCGGGCCUGUUCGGGUUAUUCCCAUCGCCGCCACUGGCGAAUGCAACGAGCCCCUGAACAGACAUGUCACUGGAGGACUAUGAGAGACACUACGACUCGCUGAACUCGGACCUGGGCGGCGGGUCCGUGGUCAGCGAGCGAUCCGCGUCGGGCACGUUUAAUGGCGAAGAGGAGAAGUUGCAUUACAUUCCUAUCCGGGUGUUGGGGAGGGGGGCGUUCGGUGAAGCUACCCUGUACAGAAGAACCGAGGACAACUCUCUGGUCGUGUGGAAGGAGGUGGACCUGAACUCGCUGUCAGAGAAGGCGCGCAGAGAUGUCAUGAACGAAAUCAGCAUCCUCUCCAUCCUGGAGCACAACAACAUCAUAGCCUACUUCAAUCACUUCAUGGAUAAGAACACGCUGCUCAUUGAGCUGGAGUAUUGCAACGGAGGAAACCUGUACGAUAAAAUCAACCAGCAGAAGGGGAAGCUGUUCAGUGAAAAGGUGGUCAUAUGGUACCUGUACCAAAUAGCCUCAGCGGUGGCCCACAUCCACAAGGCCGGGAUAUUACACAGAGACAUCAAAACUCUGAACAUUUUUCUCACAAAGACAGACCUCAUUAAAUUGGGCGACUAUGGACUUGCCAAAAAACUUGACUCUGAGUUUUCAAUGGCAGAGACUUGUGUGGGAACGCCGUAUUACAUGUCCCCUGAACUGUGCCAGGGGGCGAAGUACAACUUCAAAUCAGACAUCUGGGCCAUGGGUUGUGUACUUUGUGAGGUCUUAACUCUCACAAGAACAUUUGAUGCAACGAACCCACUGAAUCUCUGUGUGAAAAUAGUCCAGGGCAACUGGACAAUGGAGGUGAACUCCGAUGUUUAUUCACCUGAACUGAUAAAGAUGGUGUACGAGUGCCUGGAUCAGGAUCCUGCAAAGAGGCCGACAGCGGAGCAGAUCCUGGACCAGCCGUUCAUCUCCUGCCGCAAACAGGAGCUUCAAGAUCAAGUCGCUCUGCUGAACUCUGCGAUGAAGAAGCCAAAAUUGAGCACAGCGUCUGAAACGCCCGUUGCCGUGGUGACCACGCGUUCCAGGGAGGUGUACUUCUGGGGCGGAGGCAAGUUCACCCCCCAGAAGCUGGACACGUUCAAGGGCGGCAGCAGCGCGCAGCACGUGUGCGCGGGCGAGAGUCACUUCGCCGUGGUGACGGUGGAGAAGGAGCUCUACACGUGGGCCAGCGUGCAGGCCGGCGCCAAGAUGGUGGGCCAGCUGGGCCACGGCGACCAGGCCUCGUACCGGCAGCCCAAGAAGGUGGAGAAGCUCCAGGGGAAGGCCAUCCGCCAGGUGGCGUGCGGCGCCGACUUCACGGCCUGCGUCACCGAUGAGGACCAGAUGUACAUGUUCGGCUCAGACUACUACGGCUGCAUCGGGGUGGAGGGGGACCUGGCCAUGGAGGUCCUGGAGCCCGUGCUCCUGGAGUUCUUUGAGGAGAGGCCCGUUUGCCAGGUUUCGUGCGGCGACAACCACGUCGUGGUCCUGACUCAGGCCGGAGAGAUCUUCUCCUGGGGCUGUGGAGAGUACGGACGCCUCGGACUGGAAUGUGAGGAUGACUUCUCCUCUCCGAUGCAAGUGGAGAUCCCAAAAGGCGCCACCAUCUCGUCCGUUGCCUGUGGCAGCGACGGAACCUUCUUUUCCACAGACACGGGCAAAGUCUUAGCUUGUGGAAACAAUGAGUUCAACAAGCUGGGUCUGAACCAGGGCAUCUCUGGCCUUAAGAACCACCCUGGAGAGGGUUACCAGGGGAUCCCCUACAUCACCACCCUGACCCUGGUCAAGCAGCUGUCACGCUUCAAGAUCCGGGUCAUAGCUCCGGGAAAGACGCACACGGCUGCAAUUGAUGAACGUGGUCGUCUGAUCACCUUUGGCUGCAACAAGUACGGGCAGCUGGGCGUGAAGGACUUUAAGAAGCAUCAGGGGGUCCAGGUGCUCGUUGGUCCUUUUGGAGGGAAGAUAGUGACCAAAGUGUCUUGUGGAGAUGACUUCACCCUCGCAGCCACAGAGGACAAUCACAUCUUCGCGUGGGGAAACGCGGGCAACGGGAGACUUGGGAUGCCGGCCGAUAAGGGGUUCGGGUUGGAGGUCUGCCCCGCGAUGCCCAGGCCCAUCUUUGGUUCCCUCCACCACGUGCCCGACCUGUCCUGCCGCGGCUGGCACACCAUUAUCAUCAUGGAAAAGGUUCUCAACUCCAAAACCAUUCGCUCUAACAGCAGCGGAGUGUCCGUCGGUAGCGGACUGGGUCAGGAGGUGUCCACUUCCACAAUGGAUCUGGAUAUAGAGCCUGGUUCUGAGACGGAGUGUCGAGAUAGGGGUCUUGGGGGAACACUGGAGGUCAAUACGGAGGACGGCUUCAUGGGGAACGCAAUGACAUCGAUGGCAAAUCAGACUGGAGACAGCUCCUGCCCUCUGUGGCUCAGAAGGGAGCUGGAGGAUGCAGAGUUCAUCCCAAUACCACCAACCUCUGAGCCCAUGACCCCCGAUCAGCUCCCGUCCUACCCGGACAGCUUCACUCUGCCGUACGAGGAGCUGCAGGAACUGAAGCUUGCAGCAGCAGCCGUCAGCACCAAGAAGGAUCUCUCCACUAAAAGGAUGAGCUGCGAUAACUUCAACGGCCUGCAGGGGGCGGGCAUCUGCAAAGAACAAGAAUCGGACCCGUGCUGCAGCGCGAGCAGCGAGGUCGCACAGCUGCGAGAGACGGUUGCUCGUCAAGAGGUUCGAAUCCAGACCCUGGAGAAGCAGGUCAGUGAGCAGCAGAAGGAGAACGAGAGGCUGUGGGCGGCGAUCAAUCGCUCUGCGCUCCAGAAAGCGGCGUGUGAGAGCAACGGGAAGCAUCACUCGGACUGUUCGCCGGGGGACGGAGGGGGGCGCGGCGGAGGAUGCAGCAGCCACGGGAGCCGCUCCGCAGGGGCCAGCGUGUGAGCCUCCACCCGCGGGAGCGGGAGACGGGAAGUGGCGCCUCCUGCGCUGGCGCUGGUGAACAGGACGUGCACGUUUUCCUGCAGACAUAACUUUCACUCAUUCACGCUUGUGUUCAGUUCACCGGUAGAAACGUUGGCUGGGUUCAACAUGAGGCACGGCCUCGAAUCCUGAACCAGACCAUCCAACCACGACGCUGCUCUCCGUCCCGUUUUAGCCAGUGUCAUCAUGUGUUAGUGGGAUUCUGGUGACGUCGGCAUCGAGGCCUUGGUGCCUCAGAUGUUUUAUUUAUCACAUCACAGGUAACAGAUUUAUGACGUUAGGAAACAAAGAGCAUCCGAGGCGUGUAGUCAGCAUCAGCAGAUGCACUUUAAAUGUAAACUUUUGUUGUGUUCAGCUGUCUGUGCUCAUUUUGACUCUGCCUGUCAGAAACCUGAGCUUUCAUAUGCAUCGCGUUUUAUUUCACUAGUGUUUUCAUUUCAUCUGAUUCUUGUAUAGUAAUGUGCCAAAGAAGUGCCAAAUACAAUAUAGCGCCUCAAAGCUAUAUUCCAUAAUUUAUUAGACAUGUUGGUUCUUAUAAACAUACUUUUAUUAGCUCAUGCAAAUAUAUACUUUUGAAAUGUCAAAGUUUGUCAGUGAAACACAAAACUACUGAUUUAUUUUUUUAACGAGUCGGUUACUUUUCCUUGUCGAGUUCUUGUCAGUGUGUCGUAUUCAUCUCCUCGUGACACUUUUCUUACUAAACGGAGAGUGUGGUCUUUAAAACAGCUGAUCCUGCAGCUGUAAAGUUAACAGGUUCCAGUUUCAUUGUAAUUGUUAUUGAUAUUUGUGUCAUGUCUACAGACGUUUAGGUUUUGUUUGUAGCAGUAUUUUCAGGUGUAAUGAAACAUGGGCUAUCGUCAAAGUGCCUCAUCAGAUGAUGAAACCAAUGUGCCAAAGGAGAUUUUUAUACAUGUUAACAAAAUUGAAAAGUGCAUGUUUUUCAAUAGUUUACUAAAUGUUGAGGAUGUAACACCGAUAUAAGCAAACACCCAUAGUCUCACUCUUGCUUCCUUUUAUUGUGGAAAAGCCAUAAAUAAAAAAAGCAUUUGUCUCUUUUGCAA